UGAGCUGCGGCGGCGGGUGCCUGAAACAACGCCGUCCUCUGACCGACCGACUGCCCGGUGGAAACGGCAUGGAUGUGUGGACCGUGAGCGAAGCCACAUUCCCCAAAUGGCGGAGUGAGUGAGGAUGCGACUCCCCAGUUCCAUCUUUGUGUCGGUGUCUCUGUUCACGGCCGAGACCACGGCAGCGCUCUACCUCAGCUCCACAUACCGCUCAGCUGGAGACCAAAUCUGGCAAGGGCUCACGCUCCUCUUCACGCUCGUACCAUCUGUGCUCGUGCAGCUGACCCUCACCUUCAUCCACCGGGACCUCGGCAGAGACAGACCGCUCGUCCUGCUGCUGCACAUCCUGCAGUUCGGACCCAUCGUCAGGUGUCUGGAGGCGUUCUGUAUCUAUGGCAGCGUGGGCCGCGUGGAGGAGCCGUAUGUCAGCAUCACCAGGAAGAAGCAGAUACCUCGUGGGGGUCAGUCUGAGGAGGUGGAACGGCAGGUGGGGCAGGCGGAGGGGAAACUGUUUACACACCGAGCAGCCUUCGCCCGCACCUCUGUCAUUCAGGCCUUCCUGGGAUCGGCCCCCCAGCUCACCUUGCAGCUCUACAUCUGCAUCCUGCAGCAGGGGGUCUCCAUUGGAAGAGGCACACUGAUGGUGAUCUCCCUCCUGUCCAUUGUGUACGGAGCGCUGCGCUGCAACAUUCUGGCCAUUAAGAUCAAAUAUGAUGACUAUGAAGUGGACGUCCGCCCCAUGGCUUAUCUUUGCAUUUUCCUGUGGAGGAGCUUUGAGAUCGCCACUCGUGUGGUGGUUCUGGUUCUGUUCAGCUCUGUGCUGCAGCUCUGGGUCCUGCCCGUGGUUCUGCUUAACUUCCUGGUUUUCUUUCUCUACCCGUGGAUCCUGUUCUGGCAGAGCCACUCUCCGUUCCCUGAGAAUAUAGAAAAAACUCUGACCAGGGUGGGAACCACCAUCGUGCUUUGCCUGCUCACCUUCCUCUACGCCGGUAUCAACAUGUUCUGUUGGUCAGCUGUGCAGGUAAAACUCAACGACCCGGACCUCAUCAAUAAGUCCCAGAACUGGUACCGCAUGGCCGUGUACUACAUGUUGCGUUUUGUGGAGAAUGCCUCGCUGCUGCUGCUGUGGUUCAUCUAUAAAACUGACUUCUACAAGUUGACCUGUGCCCCGCUGCUGGUGCUGCAGUUGCUGGUCGCCUACGCCAUCGCCAUCUUCUUCAUGCUGGUAUUCUAUCAGUUCUGUCAUCCAUGUCGGAGGCUCUUCGCCUCCAGCAUGACCCAGGGUCUCUGGAACUGCUCCUCUCUGCUCUGUCUCAUGUGCAACUCUGAUUCCCCACAGAACAGGCCCAUAGGAAAGUCACCCAGCCCCACCACACGCCAAGAGAUGGCUAAUGAUGGAGCCCAUGACACAGCCAGCGACACCACAGACGACAUGCCUAAUGAAACUAUGUAUGACAUGCUCAAUGAUACAACAAUCUACGACACAACUAAUGAAAUAGGCAAUAAUAUAUGUGACGGAAUCAAUGGGGACAUUAACCACAGUGAUUAAGCAACGCUUAAAAGCAUCACAACCGUUUGACGUGCCAUCCAGAGAAGCAACUGAUAGAUCACACCCUCUGUAACCUUUUAAGUGCCACAUGAGUCCCUCCGCGAGUUGAGUUUACACUUUGAAUCCUUUCAUAUAUCCAUCUCAACUCUGUUUUCUACCACUGUCUAUUAUUCGUACAUGAAGCAAAUGUGUCCUUAACUGGAGAUGUAUUCUGGCUGCAAACAUGCAUAGUGUUCACUUGUGUGCAGAAGCAGAACAAGUGGUGCUCAAUUGUCUCAUCAGCCAACAUCCCAACCUAUCAUCCUGCCGCCUUUAAUACAAAGAAAAACACGGACAACACCGUUACUUCUUUCGUUUUGGAGACCACUUAUAUGCUGCAUUACUGAUCACAAGGCGCCAUGCAUUUAAAUUGAUUGUAUUUAAUAGUGGCAUGGAGGUGUGCAUGUGUGGAG